CAUCAUCAGAUACAUCUCAAAAGUACUGGAUGAAGGAAGAGAUAGGAACCGGUAGGGAAGUAUAGGAAAAAAGCAAGGAAGGUACGCUCUAGGGAAAGAACCAGGUAGCAGCAACUCCUUCCUAGACAGAUCCGCUCUGCCAAACCUUACAGUCUCGUAAUAUUCAGGGUUCUCGUUAUUAUUCUUCUUUCUUUCUACCUUACCUUACCUUACCUUGAAAUAAGAUCGAUCCUAAGCCACAAGGGUGGGAUGAAUCUAAAAUCUUAAGGAAGGCACGACCUGGACUGUGUACCUUCCCUACCUACCCAAUCUACCCGGGCCAACCUCCACUCCCACCACUCCCACCUGGCCCGUCCUUCACACAUAUUCACCUCACCUCAGUAUUAUCUCCGGUACACAACGCUUCACUUUAUUCUUCCUCACCCUCUCCCGCUCCCGCUUGCCGCAAAGGGGGGUCUUCCAGGUUUUUUCUACUUCACACACACCUCCCACUGCCGCGUCCCGAGUAAGUAUCCUCCCUCUUCAUCACAAUACUCUGAGACCCUCCGCGCCAUUCUUAUCAACGAGUCUUCUUUCACACCCUCGUCAACACAUCAUAACAAUACCUUCUUGUUAUAAACUUGGCACAUUCCCGCUUCUCAUCCGUCCUUUCGGUUCACUUCAACUCACGACGACAACCUUGCCCACCGCGCUAAUCCUCCAUCCCUUCUCCAGACUGCGAAUAGCCUCAACUUGCUCACUCAUCCGCACGACUACGCGCAAAAAUGGCUGGAGGAGCUAGUGGCCCCUCAGCUUACCCUUUGCUCUUCGCAAAGCGGACUAAGCUGAACCAGGAGGCGACGACGUACUUCGCCAUCGCCCUGGCUUCUAUCAUGGGCCUCUUCAUUGUCUUCCAUCUGGGUCGUCGUGGUGCUUCAAAGGCCGGUCUUGGUACGAAGCUGUCUGGUCUGGCAAAGCCAUUCCUCUUUGUGUCUCGAUCCAUCCGAAGAGUCACCGUCUACAAGUUCCCUGCUCUGCCAUCCACCGGCCACUUCGUUGUAGCUCUUAGCUACCUCGUAAUCAACAUCGCCCUGCUAUUCACUCACAUUGACGCCUCCGCUCUUCCCUAUCUCACAGUCAUCGCGGCUCGCGCAGGAUGGCUGUCCAUCGCCAACAUCGCUUUCGUGGUCUUCCUCAGCCUGAAGAACACUCCUCUCGGCUUCCUCACCGCUUGGUCUUACGAGAGGCUCAAUGUCUUGCACCAAGUUGCCGGCUACAUCACCAUGGUUCUCAUCAUUGUCCACGGUGCCACAUACUCCGCCUACUUCAUCGAGGCUGGUAACAUGGCACGCCUUCGUGUUGCCGAAGAAAUCUACGGCAUCGCCUCCGGGUUCACCUUCCUUUCUCUUGUGCUCGCCGGAGCCAUCGUGCGAUUGUGGUACUAUGAGCUCUUCUACAUUCUUCACGUGUCUUUCUUCGCAAUUUCGAUGGUUCUCGUCGGCCUUCACCAGCCCGAACUUAGCAAGAAGAUCAUCAUCAUUACGGCUGUUGCUGCUGGUAUCUGGGUUGCGGAUCGCGUUGUGAGAUUCAUUCGCGUCGUGCUCUACAGCUUCAACAACAACGCAACCGUCUACCCGCUCCCCCACGGUGGCACUCGCAUCAUCCUCAAGAAGGCACCCAUUGGCGCAAGCUCUGGAGAACACUGCUUCCUAUGGGUUCCCAAGAUCCGCGCUCUGGAGAUGCACCCUUUCACCAUUGCCGCCAUGAACCCUCUGGAGUUUGUCAUCAACUCGUACGAUGGCUUCACCCGCGAGCUCCAUGAAUACGCAGUCCAGAACCCCGGUGCAACCCUCAAGGCUUCUGUUGAGGGCUCCUAUGGAACGUUCCCUAACCCUUCCGAGUACAACAAGAUCGUCCUCGUCGCUGGAGGUAGCGGAGCCAGCUUCACUGUUGGCACGGUUCUCAACUUGCUCAAGAAGGCUGCGCAGGGAUCUAUGCCGAGUGUCACUUUUGUCUGGAUGGUCAAGGAUCCCGCUCGUCUCGAGUGGUUCGCCGGUCACCUCUCCACGAUUCGUCAGGCCCUCGGUGCCAACAUCCAACUCUACGUCACCCGCGCGCCUGGAAGUCAGGGCUCCUCAUCCCAGACUCCCGGCUCUUCCAAGGAGGAUCGAUCCCGCUCGGGCACCAUCUCGUCUGAGGCGUCGACACCCUUCACCCCUUCAUCUGAAAAGUUCGAGACCACCAACGGCGUUCCUCAGCAGCCUCCUCGUAUCAACACUCGCACCGUAUCCGACCCCGAGAAGUCCGGCUUUGAGUCUGAUGUCACCUCGCCUUCGUCUCCCACCAUCCAGCAAGACAGAGCUUUGAACAGCUUGGGCGGUAUCCCUGUUCACUACGGACGCCCCGACGUCGCCAAGAUCAUCCAGAAUGCUAUUGAUGAGACGCCCUCUAGCGAGCGAGUUCUCGUCAUGGGCUGUGGUCCUGAGAGCCUGAUGACGCAGGUACGCAAUACGACCGCUGGGUGCAUCCGCACAUCUGGUCCGGCUGUGGAGCUUCACUGCGAGCAGUUUGGCUGGUAAUUCGUGACAGCCGUCCGUGAGCGAUGCAUCCUGAGUUAUAUGCGAGUGGUUCGGCAUGGCUUCAUUGUCGUCAAUAUCCUUACUUGCUUAUAUCACUGGCGUCACUCCACGAAGUUCUUCGUGUGCAUACCUUGAUCUCCUUUGGUCUCUUUGUAUGGUGUUGGAGUAUAUACGGGUACAGGAACGGCCUUCUGGUUUUGCUUUUCUUUUUGCUUUUAUGCGGCAGCAGCUUGGCAACAAAAAGAACAGAGGAUAUAGGGUUCAAAUCCUUUCUUAGUGUUUGGUCAAAGAGAUAUCGUUCUGCUAGGUGGCUGCCGCUCGGCCAUUGUCGUCGCGCGCGCGUUCAUACCCUUUACAGAAGCUUGGCCUCGGUGGCCACACUGUAGCUUUUGAUGAUUCAUAGAACAAUGGACAAAUGGGAAACCC